AUGGGCUUCCUCGCCGCUCUUGCUCGCCAUCUCGAUGCCCUCGUCGGGUACUCUCUCUCUCUCUCUCUCUCUCGCUCUCUCUCUAUCUCUGUCUCUAUCUGUCUCCAUCUACCUUAUUUAUCUUAUCUAUCUUCUCUGUGUGUGGGUUUGGUGCAUCUCUGAUGGGGACUUGGUUGGUGGGGUUUCAGGCCGGGGGUGAUGCUGCUGUAUCCGCUGUAAGUAAAACCCCAUCAGCCAUGCAUCCCCAUUCCUCGCGCUUUCAUUUCCUGUGGGGCAUAUCGUUGAACAGCAUAAACGGGAUAAGAAUUUGCUCGUGCGACGGUCUUGUUAGAUACGCGUCGAUACGGGCGAUUGAGACCCCCACCGCGGUGGACGACCAGCAGUGGCUCACCUACUGGGUCCUCUACUCCCUCAUCACCCUCUUCGAGCUCUCCUGCUACAAGGCCCUCGCUUGGUAAAUAAAUUCAUUUCUCUCUCUCUCUCCCCCUCCCUAUAUAUAUAUAUAUAUAUAUAAAAUAUUAUAUCUAUCUGUUAUCUAUAUAUUAUAUAUCGACCUGUCUAUCUAGAUAGCUAGCUAUCUAUGUAUCUAUCUCGGUAGGUAUCUAUCUCUCUCUCUUUCUAGAGUGAUGGGUGGGGAGUGGUGGUGGUGCAGGUUUCCGCUAUGGCCGUAUAUGAAGCUGCUGGGGUGCGUGUGGUUGGUGCUGCCGUGCUUCAACGGUGCGGCGUACAUCUAUGAGAGUCACGUGAGGAGGUACAUGAAGACCGGCGCCGGUCACCUGGGGUGGUCGGGGUACCCAGAGGGGCAGAAGAAGGCCAUGCAGAUGAUGACCCCCGACGCCCGCAAGGCCGUCGAGAGGUACAUCCAAAACUACGGCUCCGACGCUUUCGAGAGGGUCGUCAAGGCGGUACGUGCUCGCUUAUUCUCACAUUCAAGUGUCCACAUCCCUGUUCCUUCUUCUCUUUUUGUCUUUCUUUUCCGGAAUUGGUCUCGCCUACGAUACGACCAAGAUUUUUAAAAUAUAAAAUUUAUGCGGAUAUAAUAAUCCUUUCAUUUUAGCUAAAAGGGCAAAAGUCGAGGCCUUUAAUGGGCCAGGCUAGCUCCCGUCAUCACUAAGUGGGUUUGGCCCAUUUUGUCCUAGACUGUUGUGGUACAUAACUUGUAAAAGUUCUUCCCAUGGGGCCAUACUAGGAAUCUCUAAAUCCACAUCCCAUCUACAUAAAAUUUAAAAAUAUAUUUUAUGAAAAUUAGGGUUAUGAUAAUGAAAUAUAUAUUUUUUGUUUUAUGUAUUUAUAUACAUUUAUAAAUUACUUUAAAAUUAAUAGCUUGAUAAUUAAGAUACCCCCCCAUUUUGUCUACAAGGUGUUCACAUUGCCCUCGUCUUAAAAAUAAAUAAAUAUAUAUAUAAUUAUUAACAUGCUCAUUUUAGUGAAAUUGUUAGAAUUGAGGCUGGUAAUGGGCAUUAAUGGGCCGACAAGUGGGUAUUGUGGAUUGUUGCUUCCUCAAUCAGGCCCAAGUAAGCAUCUCUAAAUCCCAACAUCUGAAGCCCAAGACCCCAACUCCAUCAGCUUAAUAAAAAUAUCCCAAUAUUUUUUUUUUUCAAGAUGAUAAUAUAAAGGUGAGCAUAAUGGCCAUAAUAUUGGUUUUUCUUAUUUAAAUUAAAACAUUAAAUUUGAUUAUCUUCCUAAUGACCAUAAUAUAUUUUUUAGAGCCCAUUGAGUUGGCUCAUAGAGGGCUUUACGAGACAACCAUUAAAUAAUUUAUUGUUGUUUUUAGAAAAUUUCCUUUUUUAGUUUGACGCCUGGUAAACGUUGACAAUGCAGGCAGAGACGGAGGCAAAGAAGGUAGAAAUCAAGAAAUAUUGA